CCAAAACUUCCUUAAAUUAUGUAAUUUGUACAGUUCUAAUUCCAAAGUUUGAAACAAAGACUGAGGUUUUCACACACACAUUACUACAUUACACACCCACGCAUUCAUAUUCAUACACUGCACUUCAUAUUCUCUCUCUUGUCACAAAUUCCACCCUGAAAUUCCGAUACUGAAGGACUUACUUUGCCAUUCAGUGAUCCCAAAUCCCAAUGCUACACAGAUCUAGGGUUUCAACCAUAUCAAUUCACAGAUUUAUUGUGCUAAAUGCAAUUUUUGUUCAUUCUCUCUCCUGUAAAGUUGAUCUCAGCUGCUUUUCCUUCUGAUUUGCAAUAAGGUAUGCAUAACUGAGUGAUUUUUCAGGAGAGAUUGAAUAUUUUUUCUAUAGAGGAACAAAAAAUAAAAGAUGGGUGAAAAUCAGAGGUUUCAGCUAGGAACCAUUGGAGCACUAUGUUUAUCAGUGGUUUCAUCAGUUUCCAUUGUUAUUUGUAACAAAGCUCUUAUCAGUACUCUUGGCUUCACUUUUGCCACUACCUUGACGAGUUGGCACCUUCUAGUCACAUUUUGUUCGCUUCAUGUUGCAUUAUGGUUGAAAAUGUUUGAACAUAAACCUUUCGAUCCACGAGCGGUGAUGGGAUUCGGCAUACUGAAUGGAAUAUCGAUUGGACUGUUGAACCUUAGCUUGGGAUUCAAUUCUGUUGGUUUCUACCAGAUGACAAAAUUGGCCAUCAUUCCUUGCACAGUCCUUUUGGAGACACUCUUCUUCAUGAAGAGAUUCAGUAGGACUAUCCAGUUUGCACUGGGCAUCCUUCUUCUGGGUGUUGGCAUUGCAACCAUAACUGACCUGCAGCUUAAUCUCCUGGGUUCUGUUUUGUCACUGCUUGCCAUUCUGACAACCUGUGUCGCUCAAAUUAUGACAAACUCCAUUCAAAAGAAGUUCAGGGUCUCCUCGACUCAGCUUUUGUAUCAGUCUUGCCCAUAUCAAGCAAUAACCUUGUUUGUUUUUGGCCCCUUUCUUGACGGACUUCUGACUAAUAAAAAUGUGUUUGCAUUCAAUUACACCCCCCAAGUUCUGGCCUUCAUUGUCUUGUCUUGCCUUAUCUCCAUCUCUGUAAAUUUCAGUACAUUUCUUGUGAUUGGAAAAACAUCAGCAGUCACUUAUCAGGUCCUUGGACAUUUGAAGACGUGCUUAGUUUUGACAUUUGGCUAUGUACUACUUCAUGAUCCAUUCAGCUGGCGCAACAUUCUUGGUAUUCUUGUUGCUGUGGUUGGCAUGGUUCUGUACUCUUAUUAUUGUAACGCAGAGAGCCAGCAGCAGAAGGCUUCGGAAGCAUCAACCCAACUUUCCCAGGCAAAUGAAAAGGAUUCAGAUCCUCUGAUAGUUGUGGAAAAUGGAGGUUCACUCUUGGCUGACGGUGCUGUGGCAAAAGAACCUGUGUGGAAUUCAAGCAAGGACGUAGAUGCUUAAAAGAUAAGUCUUUAGUCAGUUGCCAGUUCAAAAUAUGCAGGCUGAUGGAUUCUCGGCGAUGAAGAUGUCGCUGAAGCAAGUCACUGCAGUGCACAGUUUAUCAGUCUAAAAUUUGAGUUGUAGUUAAGAGAAAUCCUUUGUUCAUGUAGUAGGCAGUUUUGGUUAUCAGCACCAAUUAUGAAAUUUGAGAAUGAUGGAAUAUAUUAUACGUAUUUUUUUGGACAAUAUUAGAUGUUCAUUGAUUGUGAGAAGGUAUUUAUUGGAUUUCCAAUAUUAUAACAUCCUAAUUUUUGGGCC